AUCAUCUACUACUCAGUCUUCUCCAUUCUCGACUCUACCCAUCCCACUUAUAAAGGAGAUUCUUUUUCAUAUCUAUUACUUCUCAGAUAUUCCACACCUUCGUUUAGUUUGUAAAACUUGGUCAAAAGUGAUUGACCAAAUCCUUUUUACACGUAUAAUCAAUAUUUUCACCAAAUUAUAUCCGAUCGAUACUACAUUAACUCUACGAUGUUACGAUCAUUCUGAAGUUAUAACAGAAUACGAAAUUCAAAUGGAGUUGAGGACUAUUCCAAAGCCAGAUAAAUAUACUACAAAGUUUAUGAUCGAAUUUUUACCAAUUAAUAGUUUGAAAAAACCGUUGGUUAAAGAUUUAUAUAAAGGUGUGGAGGCUUUUUUUAGAUGCUAUUAUACUGACAAAAGUAAAUGUAGUUUGGAGAACAUAGAUAAGCGUUAUUAUAAGGAUGAUGUUAGUAAAGAAAAUUCGGAUAGAGAUAAAAAUAAGCCCGAGACUGAAGAUAAUUUUCCUGAUAUCAUUAAAUAUGAAAAGGUUGAUGAUGAUGAUAUUGGAAUAAAAACAAAAAUAUUAAAAGAAGUGAAAAUUUCAGAAAUACUAAUGUUAUCUUUAGGUACAUGUAAAAAAUCACCGGAUUUUUCUCAUGAGAUUGCAGCAAACCUAGCUAUUGAAUUUAAGUGUGUUCCUUAUGAACCUAUGACAUUUUUUGUUAAGUCGGUUGGGUUUAGACCUUUAUUU